CGGAACCGUUGUCAAGAUGGCAAUGCGACAUCUUCUUGUGUGCGCGGCCAUUUUUUCAGUACUAGCCCAGGGAAUUGUAUUGAGCACCAAGGGUCGUUGGAUCGUCGAUCCCAAUGGUCAGCGUGUCAAGCUUCGUUGCGUCAACUGGGCGGGAGCAGGAGAAACACACAUCCCAGAAGGGCUUGCGUCCCAGCCUGUUGAUACCAUCACCAAAUUGAUCGCGGAUGGAGGCUUUAACUGUGUACGCCUCACAUAUUCGAUUGAUAUGGCUCUAGACCCUGAUGAGCGCGUGUCAACCGCUUUCAACCGUGCAGCAGCUGAGACAGGACAAUCAUCCCUGACCAAAAUCUACGACACCGGGAAAGGCAAGAACUCUUUCCUUGCCAGCGGAACAACAAGAGGAGCUUUCGAGGCGGUCAUCAAUUCUUUGAAUAGAAAAGGGAUCUUGGUGAUCCUUGACAAUCAUACCUCUAAAGCGCAAUGGUGCUGUGGCACGAGCGAUGGAAACGGAUGGUGGGCAUCUGCAUCCGGUUACAACGAUGCCAAUUCGCGAUACUUUGAUACUGAGAACUGGCUAUCCGGACUCAGCGCCAUGGCAAUUUGGUCGAAGUCUUUCUCAAAUGUUGUGGCACUCUCUCUUCGAAACGAAUUGCGUGCUGUCGGCGGGCAAGACGGGAACUCGCAUGCGGAUUGGUAUAAAUUUGUCUCGCGAGGUGCAAAGGCAAUCCACAGCGCGAAUCCAAACGCGCUUGUUGUCGUCGGCGGUGUAAACUAUGCUCUGGAUUUCAGCUUCAUGUACAGCAAGCCUCUUGAUAGGGCGUCUCUAGGCCUGUCGAGCAAAGUUCUAUGGGAGUAUCACAGCUACUCUUUCAGCACUGAUGUGUCGAAUUGUGCAAACUAUCAAUCCUACAUGGGUAACAAUGCAGGUUAUCUUCUCGCCCAAGGAAAGCCAUAUACUGGUCCUCUCUGGCUCAGUGAGUUCGGCUUCUCACAAACGUCGAUGUCUAGCACAGAAAAGUCGUAUUGGGACUGUCUCCGAAACUAUAUCGAAGGCAACGAUGCUGACUGGGCGUAUUGGGCCGUGCAGGGCAAUUACUAUAUCCGCGAAGGGGAGGUUGACUAUGAUGAGACUUUUGGCUUGCUUUCACACGACUGGAGUGUUUGGAGAAAUCCUUCCUGGAGGACGAUAUUUGGCGACAAAAUCUUUCGGGUGAACCAGACGCCAUAGAGGGAGCUGAUCAUAGUUGAUGUCUUAUACGGGUGUGCUCUGCAAUGUAUAUAAAAUCCUUGAGAUCAGGAUGAUUGAUAAAGUAAUGAAGAUGGUGUUAACCGG